CUGACAACCGUCGCAAAAAAUCCGCAUCGGAACACGGCAGGACGAGAACAUGUGGAUCGGCUGAUGCGAACGUCUCCAAAUAAAAAAGUAUUAUGAGCGAGUUAAUUUGCAAAUAUGCCGCCGGAUGCUCGGUUAGACAGCUCGGGCUCUAGUUUCGCCGAGAUAAAGCCGCUGACAUGUUUUUGGCGGCUUGUAGGAAGAGCUGGCUGAGCUGCGCUAAAGGACACACUCACGGACUGACUGCCAGCACCGCUGCCUCCUGCCACUACAAAACACCUGCAAGCUUACAUCUGAACAACACUACAUCUCAUCUCCGAUGGCUUCAGAGGCUGAAGACCAGGCGCUGGAGCUCCUCGCUCCUGAGACCAGAUCUGGACCUCCACAGAGAAGCCGUUCAGAGAUCAGAGCCUCUCUUCUCUGUUGCAUGUAGAUCCAAACCGUGCAAGCAUCCCAGCAGUACUUUAAGUCUGUAUGGUACCAACGGCUUUUGCACCGAAGCGUCUAGAAAGCCAGGUUUGGAAGAAAAGCAGGAUUCGGGGGAAAAGAGUGAGGACAAAGCAGACGAGGGACAUUUCCAGUUUAAAGAGCUGUAUGAGAAUCCAUGGACAAUCCCGAACUACCUCUGCGUGGCCCGGAUCGUUCUGUCUCCCGUGCUGGGAUACUUGAUCAUGGAGCAGUACUUCCACGUCUCUCUGGGGCUUUUUGUACUCGCCGGAGCAACAGACUUGUUGGACGGCUACAUCGCACGUAACUGGCCCAAUCAGAAGUCGGCUCUGGGCAGCGCUCUGGAUCCGUUGGCGGACAAGAUACUCAUCAGCGUUCUUUACGUCAGUCUGACAUAUGCACAGCUCAUCCCAGCUCCGCUCACGGCCCUGAUCAUUUCCAGAGACGUAGCGCUGAUCGCCGCCGUUUUCUACGUGCGCUACAAAACGGUUCCGCCUCCGGUAACGCUCAGUAAAUUCUUCAACCCGUGUUACACCACCGCUCGGCUGAAACCAACACUCAUCAGCAAGAUCAACACGGCGGUGCAGCUGUUUCUGGUGGCUGCGUCUCUGGCUGCUCCUGUGUUUCACUACACCGACAGUGUUUUGCUGCAGUCUCUGUGGUACGUCACCGCGCUGACCACUGCAGCGUCCGGCUACAGCUACUAUCAUUACGGUAAAAAGACCGUGGAGGUGCUGAACAACACCAAGUAGACGUACAGCCGCCCGAGAUUGAGCUUUGACCAAGACAUUCGGAUAAUCAACGAACGAUGGAAACUGAUCUUAAGACACUUUAGUCUGUACAAAGUCCAAAAUUAUUUUUUUGAUUACAAUAUUAAAUUAACGGGGUUUCGUGGUUUUUGAUUGGUAUAUGGUUUUCGACUCCACAGCGAACUUUUUUAAAAUCACUUUUAACGAGCUUUGGGUCAGCUUUUCUGAAUAAAAAUGGACAUCAAAUAC